GGCGAAAGCCAUGAUUCAAUACGACCUUCCAAAAUAUGGCUACGAGUAUGUCAUUUCGGAUGAUUGCUGGCAGGCACCUGAUCGCAAUGCAACCACUGGUGCACCUAUCGCUGACCCAACUAAGUUUCCGUCCGGCAUGGCAGCAGUCGCAGAUCAGGUCCAUUUACUGGGAUUGAAGUUCGGCAUUUAUAGUAGUGCUGGAUUGUACACUUGCGGUGGUCACUUCGGCUCCUUAGGCUACGAGACCAUUGAUGCACAGACGUACGCUGAGUGGGGCGCCGAUUACUUGAAAUAUGACAACUGCUACAAUGAGGGCCAAGCGGGCACGCCCAAGCUCUCAUACGAUCGCUACGCCAACAUGUCAUUUGCGCUCAAUGCUACUGGGCGCCCAAUCCUGUACUCUAUGUGUAACUGGGGCGAAGAUGGCCCUUGGAACUUUGCUCCCACAAUCGCAAACAGCUGGCGCAUCUCGGGGGACAUCUAUGAUAAUUACAAUCGGUUCGACGAGCGCUGCCCUUGCCUGUCAAUGAUUGACUGCAAGCUUGCUGGAUAUCAUUGUGCCAUGACGCGCAUUAUCGAUUUUGCCGCACCCGUUGGUCAGAAGGCUGGCGUGAAUCAUUGGAACGACCUCGACAUGCUUGAGAUCGGUAAUGGCGGGAUGACGUACGAUGAAUAUGUCACGCACUUCUCAAUGUGGAGUGUCCUGAAAAGCCCUCUCAUUCUUGGUAACGAUGUUACAAACAUGACCAACGAGACUCUGGAGAUCAUCACGAAUGACGCAGUCAUUGCCAUCAACCAGGAUCCAAACGGAUCUGCCGCGAAUCGACUGUGGAAGGUCCCAGUCGCGUCCGGUGGUGACCUUUCACUUUGGUCAGGUAGCUUAGUGAACAACCAAUUUGUCAUCGCGCUAUUAAACACCUCGCCGGAUACGCAAGUCGUGGAUGUGGAAUUUACUGAUGUCUUCAUCGACCAGGGUCCAUCAUACCAAACUGGCACGUUUACCAUCUACGACCUCUGGCAAAAGAACGAUACCGGUGCAUGGGGGAACGAUAUCGGAACUUUCACUGGGUCGAUCCCUCAAGUAGAGAUAGGCACACACCAGGUUCGGAUCUGGAAGGCGGUACCUGCGAGUACUGCUACUAAGCGUGAUCGUAUGGACUUGUAAGGCACUACGCCGAUAGGGUAGAUGCACUCAGCUGAAAUAACAGGUCGGAUAGCUUGGAGCUGAA